CGUGCUGUGUCGAUUCAGUCACAUGACUCUGCACGUCCCUGUUCUCUCUCUUCCUGCGAUACGAGUAACACAAAAAAUACUAACAAAUACGUUUGUCCGGUUUAAAAGGAUAGCGUGAUACGACACCGGGGAUUAAUUACGUCGCCGAGGCAAACAGAAAGACUGCAAGUUCAGUGAGAUUCAAGGAAUCGUUACCUAAACGAUUCGGUGUGAUUUGACGCAGCGUUGGUUAGCUUAGCUUAGCUUAGCUUUCUCCAUCGAUAGCAUCAAGAAAGUGAUCAUAUAAUGAUCCAAAGGUGCUUAUAAGACUGAAAUCCCCUUCUACAAACUCAAUAGCUUUAAAGAUAUAAACUAAUCAGACAUGUCGAAGUACACAAGCUUCCCUGAGCCCCAAGAGGAUCCCAAUCCAUUCCAGGAUCCAUCAGUGACCCAACAUAGUACUACUGCAGACUACCCCACACUGGACCUGUACAAUCCCUUUGACAACAGGACGACUGGGCCUCCGCCUCCUUACGAGACUGCACCGCCGACCGUCGCACCUCAGACUCUACCUAGCAGGACUACACCCACUGAACCCAGGAAUUAUGGAUCCUACAGCACACAGCAAUCUGUAGUGAACGCCACAACAGCCGAAUUGCUGAAGAAGCAGGAGGAGUUGGAGAAAAAAGCGAGGGAGCUGGAGAGGAGGGAGAGAGAGCUGGACUCCCAAAGCCGUAGCACAGGCUCCGCCUCUCAGAAGAACUGGCCUCCGUUGCCGCGGUUCUGCCCGGUGGGCCCGUGUUUCUAUCACGACAUUAACGUGGAGAUCAGCCAGGGCUUUCAGCGCAUCGUCACCAUCAUGUACUACUUCUGGAUGUGUUCAGUUUGCACUCUGGUCUUCAACCUCAUCUCCUGUCUUGCUCUGUUUUGUGUGGACGCUAGUAGUGGUGUAGGCUUCGGCCUAGCCAUCCUCUGGAUUCUGCUCUUCACCCCCUGCUCCUUCGUCUGUUGGUACAGGCCUGUGUAUAGAGCAUUCAGGACCGAUAGUUCCUUCAAUUUCUUUGUGUUCUUCUUCAUCUUCUUCGUCCAAGUGGUGUUCUACAUCCUUAUGACUAUUGGGAUUCCUGGCUGGGGCUUCAGUGGAUGGAUAGUGGGUCUUGCUGCAUUAAAGUCAAAUACAGCAGUUGGGGUGAUCAUGCUCUUGAAUGCAAUGGUCUUCACUGGUCAGGCUGCCAUGGGAGUGGUUCUGCUCAAGAAGGUCCACUCUCUCUACAGGCAGACUGGUGCUAGCUUCCAGAAGGCCCAGGCAGAGUUUGCCACUGGAGUGCUUUCAAACGAAGCCGUGCGCCAGGCAGCCGUGAGCGCCACAGCCACGGCGGCACAAGGAGCCUUCACCGGACCACGUUAGAGUGGUAGGCAACGUAAUCGGGCGGUUGGAGAGAAACCGAGGAUGAGUAUGAGCCCAAAAAAGAGUCCCCAGGUGUAGAGAGAAUUGUGUAUAUUUUGAUUGUUACACCAUAAGCACUAGGCCAUUUUGCUUGUGUCGGAAAAAUAGAUGCAAUUUAUCAAACCAAAAUUGACUUACUUUUUUUUUUUUUGUUGUUGUUUUUAAUUUGCCUUAAAUUAGCAUCAUUUAUCAUAUCGUUGACCACUUGACUGUCAUUUCUGAUGAACAGAACCAUGUUUGGGGUUUCAUUGGAAAUUUCUAGAAUUUGUUUCUUAGUUCUUUAUUGAUAAUGUGACUAAUAAAAUAAUUAGGAAAGCAGUGCCAAGUAUAUAAAACUGCACCACCUCUCUCUCUCUCUCUCUCUUUCUUUCUCUCUCUCACGCGCUCUCACUCCCUCUCUUUCUCUCUCUGAUUCUCUUAGUCUCUUUUCUGAUUCUCUUUCCAGCUUGCAUCUCUCUUGUUCUCUCUUACUCAGCUUUCUCUCUCCUUCCUCUGCCUCUUUUCCUUCUCUUGUCUUGUCUCGUCCUCUCUCCCUCUCUCCCUCUCUCUCUCUCUCUCUCUCUCUCUCUCAGAAAGGAAGCCUACGGGGUAAACACAUGAUAUUUAUUUGACGGUCAAUGGAAGUUUAUCUAUUUUCUACACUAGGACAUGUAAUGGUUUUCUGAUCCGAUUAAAUAAAUCGUGAAGCACUUCAGAGGCACCAGAAGUUGUAUUCGAGUCAUAUGACUCGCCCCUGUCAUUUAUCUGAUGAUGUUUGGUUGAUGUUGCAAAAACAAGAAAGAAAUCUGACCUUUAAUCCAACGGUUACAUUCAGAGCGAGAUGCAGUAUAUAAAGCUCCCUACAGACGAGGAAAGAAACCAAAUGAAACACAAAAGCUAAGUGUAUCCUAAAGGAUAAUAAUACUGAUAUUUGCCUAUAUUACAUAUUGAAUCCCUCUAUAAUCUUGCUCUGUAAUCUAAUACUGUGUGCCAAAAGUCCUUAGGCUCUGUGUAACAACAGUCGGCAGAGACGUGAAUUAUUUUUUGCCUCUGUUUACGAAUCUCUUUAUUUGUUAAAGAUUAGCAGCUUCAGUUUAACAUAAUGCUGCCUUAUGCCUCGCUCCUGAGAUUGACGUACAGUCUUACGGAUCCAAGAUUUGUGUGUAUUUUGAUAGGUCCUUCUGCAUGGUGGAUUUCCUUUUCCCAGUGUACCUUGGUGUUGUUUCAAAAUCUAUUUGCCUAAAAGGCCUCACAAUCUAUCUGGUCAUAUCUAUCUGUCCUAAAAAGACUAUCUGUAAAAUUCAGACAAAUCUCUCCGGAGUUAAUACACUGUUCCUUCAUACAAAUCUCUCAUUUUGCCAGUAAAACAGGUCCAGACUGUUAACCGUAAAUCAAACUGCCAGCAGCCACCAUCCAGGACUUUAAUGUAUAACAUAUAAAUUCUUCAUCACUGUCUAAUGUCCUGUUCUCCUCCUUCUCCAUUUUCCCAGUCGACAUUUUUGCACGGUGCCAAAUGUAUUUAUCCGGUUACUUGUUAUAUUGUUCUCUCAGUUCUGUGGGCUUGUUUUUGUAUUUUUUAUUUUUUUUUUUUUACCUGCUUUGAUCCACUUGAUCCAAGCCUUUCUGUUUUGAUAUUGUUCUGUGAGAUCAAGUGAACACUAAUGUGCUGCUUGUCAUGUUUGUCUGUGGCGUUCAUCUGUUUUAAUAACGUUAAUACAAAAAAAUUAAUAAAAUUGUCUCACGGACCUGUA